CACACACACACACACACACACACUUUCAAGAAGAAAAAAAAAAUGAAGCCCUUUUUUCUGUUAUCUCAUCCAACCAUAAUAACAAUCACAAUCUUGAUCAUAAUCCAAGCCACAAAAGGCGAAAACCUAAUAACCACCACCUGCAAAACCCUCUCGAAAAACGAUCCAAACAUAAACUACACCUUCUGCACAACCUCCCUCCAGGCGGCUGCCGCCAGCAGGUGUGCCACCCUACAAGGCCUAGGCACAAUCUCCGUCCGUUUACUCAGCCACAACAUAACCGACACUCGUCGCCACAUCACACAACUCUUGAAGAACAAGAAGUUGGAUUCUUACGUCAGACAGUGCCUUAGCGAUUGCUUCGAGCUUUACUCGGAUUCGAUCCCUUCGGUGGAAAAAGCCAUGAAAUAUUAUAAUAAUAAACGGUUUGACGAUGCUAAUGUGGCAAUAAGCUCGAUUAUGGAUGCUUCCACUACCUGCGAGGAUGGGUUUAAGGAGGGGAGGACAGGUGUCGACUCGCCGUUGAGUGAGAGGAACGAUGACGUGUUUCAGCUCUCGGCUGUGGCGCUUAGUGUUAUGCGUUUGCUUCAGACAGGAUCUUGAUCAGAUUGUUUUUGUUUUGUUUUGUCCUAGGUAAGUAGUGGUGUGUAUAUAAUUAUCUUGUGUUUGGUGUAAAGAUGUGUAUGUUUGUGUUUAUGUUCUGCAGUUAUAUAUUAGUACUAGUGUGUGUAUGUGUGUGUAAUUGUAAGUGUAUCACUUCCUGAUAUUCUAAUGAAAGAGGAAAUUCGUAUGCCACCGA